AUGAAACAGUUAUGGGUAUCAAUGGGCAACAUAUACAAAGAAAUCGGCCCCGGCCAGCGCGUUGCCCUCUGCAAACUAGCCGUCGAGCACUUCGAGAAACAUGGCCGCCCUUUUCGCCUCGCUAUCGACAUCUCCAUCUGGCUGUUCCAAAUCCAGUCUGGCAAGGGUGGCACCAACCCCGCGCUGCGCACCUUUUACUACCGCCUGCUGCGCCUCAUCACUCUCGACAUUCACCCGCUCUUCGUCUUCGAUGGCCCCAACAAACCCCCCUUCAAGCGAAAUCGUCGCGUUGGUGGCGGGGCCAAUGUCAAAGUUUCCUCCAUCCCUGAGUUCCUGGCGAAGCAGCUCCUGAAGCACUUUGGCCUGCCGUACCAUCAUGCGCCGGGCGAGGCGGAGGCCGAGUGCGCGCUGCUGCAGAGGGAAGGUGUUGUGGAUGCUGUAUUGAGCGAGGAUGUGGAUACGCUAAUGUUCGGGAGUGAUAUCACGCUAAGGAGUUGGAGCGCGGAGGGGAAAGGAAAGGUGCCGACGCAUGUCAAUCUGUAUGAUGCGCGGGUAACGAAGGAGAAGAGUGGGCUGGACAGGGAGGGCAUGGUGCUCGUGGCUCUGAUGAGUGGUGGCGACUACAUCCCCGAGGGCAUCCCGGGUUGUGGGCCGAAGCUGGCGAUCGAGGCUGCGAGAGCGGGGUUUGGAAAGAGCCUGUGUGAUAUAAAACAGGGCAGGAGAGAGGAAUUGAGAGCUUGGAGGGAGAAGCUUUGUCAUGAGCUCAAAACGAAUGAGUCGAAGUUCUUCAAGCAGAAGAAGUCGAAGUUGGUUUUGCCUGACGAUUUUCCAAGCUCAGAGGUGCUGGGUUACUAUACGCAUCCGGCGAUAAGCUCGAAGGAGAAGGUUGAGUUGCUGCGCGCGAAGCUCAAAUGGGACCAGCAGAUCGACUAUGCUGCGCUGCGAACGUUCACGGCGGACGCGUUCGAGUGGCUAAACCUUGGCGGAGCCCGAAGAUUCAUCAGAAACAUCGCUCCAGCGAUGCUGGUUAGGGAGCUCAGGAUGAGGGGCGAGCGGGGAGACGCUGGUUCUGACGACAUGGACCAGAUUCAGGAGCGGGAGGCAAGACUGGUGGCUAAGAUUCAUGGGCGAAGAUCGCACGCCACAACGGACAGUGUGCCAGAGCUCAGGAUCAGCUUCAAGCCGAUCGACCUCGUGCCAAUUGACCUGGAAGUUGAGCCACCGGACGACAUUCCCGAAGGGGCGGGAGAGGAUUCUGAGGAUGAAGUGGCAUCACUCGAGAACGAUGGCGACGCUCCGUCCGGCACACAAGCGGCGAGAAAGAGGGGCCCAUCCACAUACGACCCUACGGUAUCGGAGAAGAUAUGGAUCCUGGAGACAUACGUCAAGGUCGGAGUACCGCUAAAAGUGCAAGAUUGGGAAGAGAACUUCAGAAGCCCAAAGAAACUACUUGCGAUGCGGCGUGCCGAGCGGCCAGCUGCCAGUAGAGCGACGAAAGGAAAGAAGAAGCAAGCCCAGGAUGACAUGCAGACGGGAACCAUCAUGCAAUAUACCAGAGUGACGAAGCCUGGCUCCAGCUCUCCGCGACCGCCUUCAAGGCCCUCCAAUUCACAAGAGACUGUCCUCGCCAAACCUCAAACGGUACCGGACCGACCCAGUAAAUCAAGGUCACCUGCGCCGACGUUUCGACUGCCACGCGCUUGUCCACCCUCUCCGAAGCGAGACACGCAGAUGAACAUCAUUGAGCUUUUGUCCUCGCCAGAAGUUGAAGAAUGUUCAAGAGUUGGAAGCAAACCUCAGCAAGAAACCAAUAACCUAGCGGGCUGGGACCUGCCGCCUACUGUCACGAAGCGCCGACGCUCCCCUUUCAGUCGCUCAAAGACCUUACCAGCUGACCCCUCCCAUCAUCCACUUUUGGAUACUCGUCCCUCGACUCCACCUCUAUUCGUUUAUGCGAUGGACAUCACCUCCUCAUCGCCUCUUCCAUCACCUUCAGCCUCGCAGAGCCUACGUUUCAAGCGUCCCAAAACCGGUCUGAAUAACCUGCCAGCACCGCAAAUUUCAACACUUUCAGCAGGAUGUCCUCAACAGCGAGGAGCAGCUCUUCUUCUCUCUCCAACUUCAAACCAAUUACGGCAGCAGACACUGCCAGAUUGCAUCCGCCGCUCCCAAAGCGCCACGCCCACAAAGCCACGGCCACGCCGCCCAGGCCCAGAACUACCGCCGGAAUCCCUCGAUCCAGCCAGAGUGCCCGCAGCGAAACCCUUGCGCUUCGACUUCACGGCUGCCGAAACCGAUCUGACCGAUUCGCCCUUCGCGGCGCGUGUGCAGCCUCCACCGAAGCGUCGCACAUCUCCGCCGCCCUCGCGUGCUACGUCGCCAAACGACCAUCCAAACGCUCUCGAGAUCGAAGAACUGGACGAACUCGACCUCAGCGGCCUUCCACCCGUGGCCCUGCCCAACCCACCCCCAAAACCCGCGCCCGCGGCCAAAGCGCCCCGAUCCGGCCGUACUAAACCCGCAAAGCCGAUCCCACCGUCCAUCCAAGCGGCAUCUGAAGCCUAUCCUACCUCCACAAAUUCAGAGCCCCUGCGCCAACAGACGGCCACGACAUCCCGCCCUGUCUCCGCCGCGCAAGCCAAAAGGCAGCCAAAACAAGCCAUCCAGCUCCGCGCCUCCCUCGAAGGCGCAUGGCGCCUCGUAGACGCCGAGGUGUUGGAUCUGAGCGGCGCUGCGGAGGUGCCCCUUUCGCAUGCCCCGACGCCUGCGCGACGUACCGACUCGGGUGACUCGGGGUAUGGGACUUCAAGGCCGACGGCGAUGACGACGGCUGCGAAGAGGAGGGAGAAGGGCGAAACGGGGGAGAUGGCGAAAGGGGCAGGGAUAAAGGAGAGGGAGAGGCCGGCGGAGUGGCGGCUUAGUGGUGUCGAGUGUUUGGAUUUGACGGGGGUGUAG